AUGCUGUCGUCACUUCCCGAAUCAUGGGACAGUGUUGUUGGGACCCUCUAUGACGCAAAAUCGUCUGCAGAAGUCAUCAGCCGCUUGAUGAUCCACUGGAACCGAAUCGACCGUUCCAAGUCUGUCACCAACCCUGCUACAGUCGUAACAGCUCUGCAAACUGAUGCAAGACGACCACGAAUAGUGUUCGCAAGUUCAGUUCAGUCUGGUUUUUUGCCCCCAAAACGCGCAACCGUGGACCGCAACCGGUCUAGGACCGACCCAGAUAUUGAGGGAACCGAACCGAACCACCUAGGACCGGUCUUUUGCGGUCUAUGGAGCCGGUUCAGACCGAUCCAAACCGGUUUUUUUGCGUAUAAUUUAUUAUACCAAUAUAAACCAUUUGUAUCUCGACUAUUAUUACUCUAA